ACUAUUGGGAAUUCUUUGACGUAUUGGCAUGCAUCACUGUGUCUUCAGGUGGACAUUGAGAUCAACGGAGAAUCAGUUAACCUGCACAUGAAGUUGGGCGACAACGGAGAAGCUUUUUUUGUGGAGGAAAAUGAAAACGAGGAGUCCCAAGUCCCAGCCCAUCUGUGCACCUCCCCAAUUCCCCUUGAGGACCCUGAGGAGAUGGAGGAGACCCCCGAGGGAGCCUCCAUCACCGGGUCUGGUGCCCGCAGGAAGAAGCGCCGUCGCAAACGCAUCCGGUCUGAUACUCACCUGAGAGAAGAGGCCAGCUCCUCAUCAGAGGAGAGAGAAAGGGAGAAGGAGUGGGAGAGAGAAAGUGAUCCGGCCGGGGGGGAAAGCCCUGCUACAGACGAGCCCCUCACACCAUUGCAAAUCAGUAAGUCAGUAUAUUACUCGUUGUCUGAGGAGCCAAAUGAGGAUCUGGGGGCCACGCAGAAAAGAGACACUCAUCCACACUCAGAUGGAGAGCAGUCACCCUCAGAAAGCAAUGUGUUCUACAGCCACUCAUCAUCUCCUAAGAGCGACUCCGAGCUUUUAGUUAAACCCAAGGAGUCGUCUGAGCUUCAGAUGCAGUGGAACUGGGGAGGCUUUCCCAUGCUGUGUCAAUCUGAGCGGACACCAGUGGAGUUACAGCACCUCUCCCCUUCUGGCAGUUCUCAUUUCCGCACCAUUGAAAGACAGGACUCGUUUGACAUGAGCUGUGAGCCUGUGAUCAGCUGCGGCAGGGUGGACAGUGUCACAGUGGUCCGGCCACAGCCCAGGACUCAACUCCUAGACCUUAGUAACCACACUAUGCAGACCCCAGCUUUUUCUUUGGAGAAUAACUCUCACAUGGCCCAUUCCACCCCCAACGACCUCUCUGAAUCAGCAAAGACUUAUGUGGACUCAGCACAGGCGAUCGGGACCACAUUAGAGGAAGAGGAGAACACACACUCACCUUCAAGUUUAAAUAAUCAAACUAAUGGCACAGAUUCUCCUGCUAGCAAAGAAAGCACCAUCAGUGUUGAUCACAUCAGCACUGAUGGUGUGACCAAACCAAACGGCACACAAAUACAACUCAUUGAAGAGAGCGAGGACUGCACAGUUACAUCAACAAGUCCAAGUAGUACAGAGGUAUCAAAUCCACCACAGCAGGGUGCCUUAUCGGAGCAAAGUGAGCAGGGUUCCCCCGGCAGUGCCCCCAACAGCGAGGGGGACAGCGGGAUCGACCCCUGCGCUGAGGGGGGGGAGGAGGACGCUGCAGGGGCUGAAGGGCCAGCAGGAGGCUCCCUGACAAACAUGACCGAGGGAUUAGCCAACCCUUCCGAGGCAUCAUCCAAAGUGGAGGACAAGAAGAAAGGUAAACGUAAUCACCAUCUCGGACCAACAGGUAUUUACUUGGAUGAUCUGACCAAGUUGGAACCCGAGGUGGCUGCACUCUACUUCCCCAAGAGUGAGACAGAGGGGGCGUGUCAGCUCGGGGGGGAGCAGGGCUCCUGCUCGGGGAGCCAGUCUCCUCAGUCGGUGGGCAGCGGGGCCAUGGACAGCGGGACAGAGUACCUGUCAGACUCCACCUCCUACAACAUGGACGUCAGCAUGUCCCUCUGCGGACAGGUUGGAGACACCAGCCAAAUCACUAAAGAGAAGUUCAUGGAGCACAUCGUGACCUACCUGGACUUUGCCAACAAUCCAGGAAUCAUUGAGGAUCCAAACCUUGUGAUCUGCAUCAACUCCAACUACUAUAACUGGGCCGUUGCUGCUCCGAUGGUCUUGUCAAUGACAACGUUCCAGAAAAGCCUACCCAAGAGUGCGAUAGAGCAGCUGGUGAAGGACAAAAUGCCCAAAAAGUCUGGACGCUGGUGGUUCUCCUGGAGGAGGAGACAAAUGGACGACAGCCAGCAAAAGGACUCAAAGGAGGAACAAGAGGAACCACUGGCAACGGUUUCUUCCACAGUAAAAGGCACACUGGAUGACAUCGACAGUGACGAGGCGGCGGGCCUCGGCCGAAAGGCCAUGCUUCCUGCCGGCCUAUCAACAGAAACCUUUAAUGCCACUCAGAGUAUCACACAGAUCUACCGCAAAUCACUGCGUCUGACCUCUGAACAGAUAGAGCACCUCAACCUGCGCGAGGGGGCCAACAAGGUGGUGUUCAGUGUGACCACACAGUACCAAGGCACCUGUCGCUGUGAGGCUGCCAUCUACCUGUGGAAGUGGGACGAUCGAGUCAUCAUUUCAGAUAUAGAUGGCACUAUCACCAAGUCUGAUGCUCUGGGUCAUAUUCUACCUCAGUUUGGAAAGGACUGGACACACAAAGGCAUCGCAAAACUCUACCACAAAAUACACCAAAAUGGCUAUAAGUUCCUGUACUGUUCGGCGCGGGCCAUAGGUAUGGCUGCCAUCACCAAGGACUACCUUCAGUGGGUCAAUGACCAAGGCAUAGUCCUUCCUCAGGGCCCCGUGCUGUUGGCCCCCAGCAGUCUCUUCUCAGCACUACACAGAGAGGUUAUAGAGAAGAAGCCAGAGGUGUUUAAAAUUGCCUGUCUGGGUGACAUCAGGGACCUGUUCAACCCCCUGAGGCAGCCCUUCUACGCAGCCUUCGGAAACAGGACGAACGAUGCGUUUGCCUAUAAGCAGGUGGGGGUGCCUGACACCAGGUUAUUCACCGUCAACCCAAAAGGAGAGCUCAUCCAGGAGAGGACUAAAGUCAAUAAGUCCUCGUACAGCCACCUCAGUGAGUUGGUGGAACAUUUCUUCCCCAUGCUCUCCAUCGGGGGCAGCACGUCGUCCGCUUUGGACUGUCCUGAGUACAGCAGUUGCUCCUAUUGGAGAGAUCCUCUGCCAGAACUGGACUUGGAUGCACUACUGUAGACACACACAUACGUUUUAAAGCAACCAUAUUAACUCUAUAUGUUAUCUCCUGUUUCCAGCAUGUCUGAAUAUUGCCUUUGACAGAACUGCCAACUGUAGUGCCUGAUUAUGAGACAGAAUAAACAGAAAGAGCAUCUUUAUUUCUCAAAGAAGAAUUGCUAAAUUAAGUUAUAAUGUCCAUGGAGUUAACAUUUCUAAGUAUCCUAACAUAAUGCAGUGCUUAAUCUCAGUGCUCUAUCACUGAUGAUGGCUGUUGACACACAAUUAAGCUAUUUUUAUGUGAAACUCCUACAGUGAAAACAACUGGACACUUUUCAGUUUUUUGUUAUUGUGUAUACCAGUAUCCUAGUCAUUCCAGAAUUUAACACUGUUGCACAUUUCAGCUCUAAACACUUACUGUAAACACGUUUGUUUUGAAAGUGAGCUGAGUGUUUGGGUGAUCCCUAAAUAUCCUGCACAUGCCAAAACUUUUGCCUGUUCUGUUUGGCUUAUAUGGAGAUUUUCCGUUCCUGCUUAAAGCUCAAACAUCCCGACACACGGCUACAAAACAAACCUGUUACUCUUCAUUCAGUCGAGAUAGUGU